UCUGAGCCAACUACUGAGACUUCAACCAACAGCAGUGUAACAAAUACAGCAUUUUCUGAAUUGCCAACAACAAUGAAUGUGCAUACAACAACUCCAGGCUCUUCAAUUGCGUCCCCUGAUGUGUCUUCUAUAACAUCAUACUCCAGUGCGACAACAACAGGAGAGCUUGUAUCACUUCUAUCAUUUUCUGAAUUGACAACAAAAAUGACUGCGUCUCCAACAACUAAAAGCUCUUCAAUACCGUCCCCUGAUGUGUCUUCUAUAACUUUAUACUCCAGUGUAACAACAACACAACAUCUUGAAUCAUCAGAACAUAAUCAAGUCUCCUUCACAUCAAAUAAAUCGUCAACUGCAAACAUUUCCACUACAACAACUCCGGACUCUAGUUCAUCCAUCUUCUCCACAACAUCAGAACCAAAUCCCCCCACAACCACAAGUACAAAUGAGUCUUACUCCAUCAUUCAAACAACCACACAACUGAUUAACACUUCUCUCAGUGACACUUCUGACCCAACAUCAAACCACCAAAGCCUUGCCACUCAAACAAUAGAGCCCUUAACCAAUGCCACUGCACAUGGGAUCAAUUUAACAGGAAGCACUAAAAUGAAUAACAAACACACAUCAACAAUAUCUGAGAUACCUACACAGACUCCAAGACGUGCAAACAGUGAUUCCAUUAUCACUACUGACUUCAAAACACAAUAUAACGUAGAGCAAACCUCAGAAAGCAAUACAUCAAUUUCUUGGACUAAUGAAACAUUAACUGUCACCCCAAAAUCUGAGCCAACAACUGAAACUUCAACCAAGAGUAGUGUAACAAACACAGCAUUUUCUGAAUUGUCAACAACAAUGACUGUGCAUACAACAACGACAGGCUCUUCAAUUGCGUCCCCUGAUGUGUCUUCUAUAACAUCAUACUCCAGUGCGACAACAACACAAGAGCUUGUAUCACUGGAACAUACUCAAGUCUCCAUCACAUCAAAUAAAUUGACAACUACAAAGAUUUCCACUACAACAACUCCAGAGUCAAGUUCAAUCUUCUUCACCGCAACAUCAGAACCAAAUACCCUCACAACCACAAGUACAAACAAGUCUUACUCCACCAUUCAAACAACCACACAACUGAAGAACACUUCUCUGAGUGACACUUCUGACUCAACAUCAAACCACCAAAGCAUUGCCACUCAAACAAUAGAGCCCUCAACCAAUGCCACUGGACAUGGGGUCAGUUCAACAGAAAGCACUAAAAAUACUAGCACUGACACAUCAACAACAUCUGAGACACCUACACAGACUCCAGGUCAUGCUAACAAUAUUUUUAUUACCACCACUGAUCCCAAAACACAUUAUAAUGUAGAGCAAACCUCAGACAGCAACACAUUCAUAUCUGGGACUUUUGAAGCAUUAACCGUUACCCUAAAAUCUGAGCCAACAACUGAAACUUCAACCAAGAGUAGUGUAACAAACACAGCAUUUUCUGAAUUGUCAACAACAAUGACUGUGCAUACAACAACUACAGGCUCCUCAAUUGCGUCCCCUGAUGUGUCUUCUAUAACUUCAUACUCCAGUGUGACAACAACACAACAUCUUGAAUCAUCAGAACAUAAUCAAGUCUCCUUCACAUCAAAUGAAUCGUCAACUGCAAAGAUUUCCACUACUACAACUCCGGACUCUAGUUCAUCCAUCUUCUCCACAACAUCAGAACCAAAUCCCCCCACAACCACAAGUUCAAACGAGUCUUACUCCAUCAUUCAAACAACCAGACAACUGAAGAACACUUCUCUCAGUGACAUUUCUGACCAAACAUCAAACCACCAAAGCAUUGCCACUCAAACAAUGGAGCCCUUAACCAAUGCCACUGCACAUGGGAUCAGUUCAACAGGAAGCCCUAAAUCAACUGGCACGGACACAUCAACAACAUCUGAGACACCUACACAGACUCCAAGUCAUGCAAACAAUAUUUUCAUUACCACCACUGAUUCCACAAUACAAUUUAAUGUAGAGCAAACCUCAGAAAGCAAUACACCCAUUUCUUGGACUAAUGAAACAUUAACUGGUACCCAAAAAUCUGAGCCAAUUACUGAAACUUCAGCCAAGAGGAGUGUAACAAAUAAAGAAUUUACUGAAUUGAAAACAACAAUGGCUGUGCCAACAACAACUAAAGGCUCAUCAGUUCCGUCCCCUGAUGUGUCUUCUAUAACAUCAUUCUCCAGUGUGACAACAACACAAGGGCUUUUAUCAUUAGAACAUACUCAAGUCUCCAUCACUUCAAAUAAAUUGACAACUACAAAGAUUUCCACUACAACAACUCCAGAGUCAAGUUCAUUAAUCUUCACAGCAACAUCAGAACCAAAUACCCCCACAACCACAAGUACAAACAAGUCUUACUCCACCAUUCAAUCAUACAGCUAUACAACAACUCCGGACUCUAGUUCAUCCAUCUUCUCCACAACAUCAGAACCAAAUCCCCCCACAACCACAAGUACAAACGGGUCUUACUCCAUCAUUCAAACAACCAGACAACUGAAGAACACUUCUCUCAGUGACAUUUCUGACCAAACAUCAAACCACCAAAGCAUUGCCACUCAAAAAAUGGAGCCUUUAACCAAUGCCACUGCACAUGGGAUCAGUUCAACAGGAAGCACUAAAUCAACUGGCAUGGACACAUCAACAACAUCUGAGACACCUACACAGACUCCAAGUCAUGCAAACAAUGAUUCCAUUAUCACCACUGACUUCAAAACACAUUAUAAUGUAGAGCAAACCUCAGAAAGCAAUACACCCAUAUCUUGGACCACUGAAACAUUAACUGGUACCCUCAAAUCUGAGCCAACUACUGAAACUUCAACCAACAGUGGUGUAACAAAUACAGCAUUUUCUGAAUUGAAAACAAAAAUGACUGUGUCUACAACAACUAAAAGCUUUUCAAUACCAUCCCCUGAUGUGUCUUCUAUAACUUCAUACUCCAGUGUGACAACAACACAACAUUUUGAAUCAUCAGAACAUAAUCAAGUCUCCUUCACAUCAAAUAAAUCGUCAACUGCAAAGAUUUCCACUACUACAACUCCGGACUCUAGUUCAUCCAUCUUCUCCACAACAUCAGAACCAAAUCCCCCCACAACCACAAGUACAAACGAGUCUUACUCCAUCAUUCAAACAACCAGACAACUGAAGAACACUUCUCUCAGUGACAUUUCUGACCAAACAUCAAACCACCAAAGCAUUGCCACUCAAACAAUGGAGCCCUUAACCAAUGCCACUGCACAUCGGAUCCGUUCAACAGGAAGCACUAAAUCAACUGGCAUGGACACAUCAACAACAUCUGAGACACCUACACAGACUCCAAGUCAUGCAAACAAUGAUUCCAUUAUCACCACUGACUUCAAAACACAUUAUAAUGUAGAGCAAACCUCAGAAAGCAAUACACCCAUUUCUUGGACUAAUGAAACAUUAACUGGUACCCAAAAAUCUGAGCCAACUACUGAAACUUCAACCAACAGUGGUGUAACAAAUACAGCAUUUUCUGAAUUGACAACAAAAAUGACUGCGUCUACAACAACUAAAAGCUCUUCAAUACCAUCCCCUGAUGUGUCUUCUAUAACUUCAUACUCCAGUGUGACAACAACACAACAUUUUGAAUCAUCAGAACAUAAUCAAGUCUCCUUCACAUCAAAUAAAUCGUCAACUGCAAAGAUUUCCACUACAACAACUCCGGACUCUAGUUCAUCCAUCUUCUCCACAACAUCAGAACCAAAUCCCCCCACAACCACAAGUACAAACGGGUCUUACUCCAUCAUUCAAACAACCAGACAACUGAAGAACACUUCUCUCAGUGACAUUUCUGACCAAACAUCAAACCACCAAAGCAUUGCCACUCAAAAAAUGGAGCAUUUAACCAAUGCCACUGCACAUGGGAUCAGUUCAACAGGAAGCACUAAAUCAACUGGCAUGGACACAUCAACAACAUCUGAGACACCUACACAGACUCCAAGUCAUGCAAACAAUGAUUCCAUUAUCACCACUGACUUCAAAACACAUUAUAAUGUAGAGCAAACCUCAGAAAGCAAUAUACCCAUUUCUUGGACCACUGAAACAUUAACUGGUACCCCCAAAUCUGAGCCAACUACUGAAACUUCAACCAACAGUGGUGUAACAAAUACAGCAUUAUCUGAAUUGACAACAAAAAUGACUGCGUCUACAACAACUAAAAGCUCUUCAAUACCGUCCCCUGAUGUGUCUUCUAUAACUUCAUACUCCAGUGUGACAACAACACAACAUUUUGAAUCAUCAGAACAUAAUCAAGUCUCCUUCACAUCAAAUGAAUCGUCAACUGCAAAGAUUUUCACUACAACAACUCCGGACUCUAGUUCAUCGAUCUUCUCCACAACAUCAGAACCAAAUUAUCUCACAACCACAUUUACAAACGAGUCUUACUCCACAAUUCACGCAACUACACAACUGAAGAACACUUCUCUCAGUGAGACUUCUGACUUGCCAUCAAUCUACCCAUCUACUAAUGAAGUAGAUACUACAUAUUUCAACUACCUGGAAACACAAAUGUCUCGAACAAUUGCUGAUGCCUCUGCACGUAUUCAGCCCACAUCAUCACCAAUCAUGCCAUACAAUGAAUAUACUGCAGAGCCUUCAUUUUCAACAUUAAUUUCAGAUUCAGAAACACUGAUUGAGACCUCCAUCCCUGACAUACUGGUGGGAGUUACAACUACACCUGAACUCGUCAACUCAGAGUACAAACGAACAACUGUAACUGCAUUCAGAGCAUCAACUCUACAAGAAACAUCUACAACAACAACAACAACAAGAGUUCCCAGCCCUCUGCAAACUCAGGCACUGUUAUCUGCACAACAUGCACACAUCACACUAUACUUUUAAAUGGUCAUGCAUUUGACU